CAUCGGGGACGUGACCUACUGAAUCGCAAUUAGCUGCCGCUGGUUGGCCGCACGAUGCCCAGGGCCAGAAGAAUGAUCCUGGGUCACGUCAUGUCCGGGCUGUGCUCGAAAAUGAACCGUACCAAGCAGCUUCCGGCGGACCUGAUGGAAACACCCCUCAAUCGAUGCCUCAACACGUUCGACAUUACGUUAUUGGGUAUCGGGCAUAUGGUUGGAGCCGGCAUCUACGUGCUCACCGGGACGGUUGCUCGAGAAAUGGCCGGACCGGCUAUCGUUAUGUCUUUCAUUCUGGCUGGGCUUGUUUCCCUGCUGGCGGCGCUGUGCUACGCAGAGUUUGGGACGCGCGUUCCCAAAGCUGGCUCGGCCUACGUCUACACGUAUGUUUCGAUCGGCGAGUUCUGGGCCUUCGUCAUCGGUUGGAACAUUAUUCUGGAGCAUAUGCUCGGUGCUGCAUCAGUGGCCCGUGCCUGGAGUGGCUACGUCGACUCGAUGCUGGGUAAUAUGGUGGCGAACUUCACGAUGGAACUGACGGGCGAGAUGCACGAGCAGCUACUGGCCAAGUAUCCCGACUUUCUGGCGUUCUUCGUGUGCUUGAGUUACGCGGUGGCCCUGGCGGCCGGUGUGAAAGCGACGGCCAUGAUCAACAGCAUCCUGACGACGGUGAACGUGGCCGUGAUGGCGUUGGUGGUGGUGCUGGGCUUCUGGUACGCAUCUCCCCAGAAUUGGUCGCUACCGGAGCAAGGUUUCAUGCCGUACGGCUUUGGCGGCGUUCUGGCUGGUGCCGCCACCUGUUUCUACGCGUUCGUCGGCUUCGACAGCAUUGCGACGUCCGGCGAGGAAGCGAAAAACCCGAGCGUAUCCAUCCCACUGGCCACCAUUCUGUCACUGUGCGUGGUCACCGUCGGGUACGUCCUGGUGAGCGCUGCUCUGACGCUUAUGAUACCGUACGAUGAAAUCAAUCCGGCCGCGGCCCUCCCGGACGCGUUUGGAACGCGGGGCAUCACCUGGGCCAAGUACGCCAUCUCGACGGGAGCCAUCUGUGGUAUGACGACGACUCUGCUCGGGUCACUGUUCGCGCUACCUCGCUGUAUCUACGCGAUGGCCAGCGAUGGGCUACUGUUUUCGUGCUUUGGCAAGGUAAACACUAAAACGCAAGUUCCACUGCUAAACCUGGCCCUGUCCGGUAUCUGUAGUGCGCUAUUAGCGCUACUGUUCGAUCUCGAAAAACUGGUGGAAUUUAUGUCAAUCGGAACACUGCUUGCGUACACGAUCGUUUCGGCGAGUGUGAUCGUUCUGCGCUAUCGGCCCAUCUCGGUGGAGGAAACGGUCCAUCUCGCCCCAGACACACCCGGUACGGACGAGGAAGACGGUGGUCAAGCACCGCUACCCGGCACGACGGCUACCGUGGCGUCGUCUGGGGGCAUAGACUCAUCAUCUCAAUCGAGCACGAUCGAUCCGUCGUCUCCGACGAGUGAAAUGAUUGAGAUCGCUCUGGCCGGUCGACUGCGACCACAGUUUCGUUGGCUCGAGCCCGUCCUGGGACGCUGCGAACCGGGCGUUGCCUGUUCCGGUGCAGUACUCAUGUUCUGUGUGCUGAGUGUGGCUGUCUGCUUCCAGCUGGAGAGUUCGUGGGACGAGCUGUACCACGGUACCUGGUGGGCGUUGGGUUUGUACGGGUUUCUGCUCUUCUGCUUGGUUGCCUGCGUUGUGGUCAUUUCGGCUCACCAUCAGAACACACGAGGACUUCAGUUUAAAGUGCCGUUCGUGCCGUACGUCCCAGCGUUGAGCAUCUUCUGCAACAUAGAACUGAUGGUACACCUGAGCUUCCUGACCUGGUUGAGGUUCUUUAUCUGGCUCUCGAUCGGCAUGCUGGUGUACUUUCUGUACGGCAUCCACAACAGCAAGGAAGGUGAACUCGGAACGUCCUACUCGAUGCUGAUGUCCACUAACGAGGCCAUACGGGGCUGGGGAGCCACCAGCACCGCACUCGGUGGCAACAAGGUAACGGUAACGAAAAUCAUAAAGGGCCGCAUCAGUCGCAAGACGGCCGGCGACAGACAAGCGAUCGUCGACGAUGAUGACGACGAUGACUCCUAAAUGCAAUCCAAUCAGCAGUGCUCGGGCCUUGUUUGAUUUUCUCGUUUGAAUUUACGGUUUUAUUGGUUUUCAUUUCAUAAAUUGAAAAUUCUCCAAAAAGGCGAUUCGCUGGAAGUUUCCACUCUACACUUACUUAGCUACCACCAAAUGGUACUAGUCGCGGCCAUUGGUGUGUUGAUUCGUUACACAGUAUUAACUUUUAUGCUACUAGCAAUUGCCUUAGAAAUGAAUGUCCCAGCGUAGAACCUAAACCAAAAAUACAAAUAAUUAAUAUUAUCAACCUGUCCGUUUAUCACACAGGUACUAAACAGAAUGAUAGUCUGUGUUGAUGCGGGAAAAUAUUAUAUUUAAAACAAUUUACUCUAAAAACGUCCCUUAGAUGAAUAGCGCUGUUACAGAGCAUAAUACGCUUUUAUCGGUUUAUGAAUGUUAAAAACUGAGGCGCGCUACAUUCUUUACACUCCAGUUGAUUCCUAUUGUUACUUAGUAGUUUAUCGGUAAUGUUUUCGAAAGAAUGAUGCGACAAAUGAAUCAUUUAGCUUAAUUCAGUUAUUCGAUCUGCCGGGCCGGCUUUGGGUGCAGUCGGUACAUGGCAGAACAGGGAAAUACCACCGUUCGUAUCAUUGGACACGUUUUGUACUACCUUCGAACACUUUCAACACACGGGUCACAAACUACUACGAUUCCUUCAUUUCCAUCAUCGCUGUGCUGUGCAAACUAUAGAGGAGGAUGCGAAGGCUUUCGAAGGGAGCGCCUUGUCGUUUAGUUUUGGGAACGUGUAGAUUUAACUAAACAUACAAACAAAGUGCUGGUCGAUAUGGAUCUACUAGCGCUAUCCACGGUAUCUGUAUCAUAACGUACCAUUAUACUAUAGAUAAAAGACACGCACGGUAAAUUAUAAGCAAAUAUAUUCAUAUUGCAUUCAACAUAUUGUCAUAAAUCGGAAUAAUAAGUUACCCUAUAAGGGCCUAAGGAACACGGGCCGUAUGCGAUAGAGAGUAUCUUGAAAAGAUUUACGUACGAAGCAACCGACACACUUUUAACGGUGAAUUUUUUAAUUUAUUAUGAGCAAUCACAACGUGGCUGACAAAAGAACCAAAGAGGAUGCUAAUGUGGAUCUGGCCUAGCUAAACGCGGAUCCGUGCAUACAAAUCAAACUUGUUCAAUUAUUAAUACCACCUUCGGUAUGAUUCCAGACUCUACAGUUUCUACAGGUUCUACAACAGUUUUUAUCUCUAAUUUAUAAAAAAAUACUGAGUGCAAUGUGGAACUGUUUGUACAUGCUUCUGAGCAAACAAAAGAUAGAA